AGAGCCUCACCCAAGAAUUCAUGGAAGCAAAACGUACCAGAUGGAUGAUAAUCAGUGCUUUAUGGACUUGGUAGGAUUCUGGAUUAACAACCUGCUCAUGAGAGUGCCCAAUUCCGUAGUACUUACUGUGGGGACACACACCGAUCUAUGCCUUCUAGAGGAAGUUGAAAUAAAGAGUAGAGAUAUCCAAGAGAAGAUCUCCAGGAUGCUGGAUGAAUAUAAAGCCAACCUCUUCCAUUUCAUCAACAAUCUGGAGGAACGUCAGGACUCUGAGCUCUACCUUGAGCAGGCAGAAAAGCUGAGAGAGAUAUCUAAUUGUACCAUAAAUGUUCUUCCAGUUGUUACCAUUGAUAGCACCAACUACCAUGACAUAGAAAAUCUGCAACACCACAUCUUGAGUUCAGUGAGAAAAGUGGAGCUAUUUCCUAAUGUUAUUAAAAUGUUGCCUAAUAUCUACAAAACAGUGGAACAGUCUAUUCUGGAAGUGAUUCAUAGUGAAGACAGUCCUCUGCAUGGCAUAAUGGAUUUAGACAAUCUUCUGAGUGAAAUUAUACUUCGAAAUUAUCACAAUGACGUGGAUAAAGACCUUCUAAAAGACAUUUUGCGGUAUCUCCAUCGAAUUGGUCUCAUUGUCUGGUAUGAGGAUAUCAAGUCUUUAGUCGACACUGUCUUUUUGAAACCAUCUUUCCUCAUAAUUAUCUUCAAGAUGCUUGUUAGGCAUGAUCUUGCCAAUCAACUAGAGAAAAUUCCUGCUGAAGUCCUAGUUUCGGAAAGAGCCUUCAAGCGUGAUGUUUUGAAAUGGCAACAAAUGCUACGAUUUAAAGCUAUGCUUCGCUUGCAGGCCAUUCGAGUCCUUGUUAAACAGCAGCUAGAGAAUUUUCCUCUUAAGGACACAAAGGAUCUCUUCCUUGAUUUAUUGGGCAAUUCGAGAGAGGAUGGUAAGCUGUUAAGCCUCUUAGUCCAUUUCCAGAUCUGUAUGUCUGUUAGAAGCACAAAGGACCUCAACCCAAGCGCCCAAGAAUUUGUACCUGGGAAUCCAUGGUCUGUAAGAAGUCCCCGAAGGAGUUGUGCUAUCUUUUCCCAACGUAUCUCAAUACCUUGAUGGAAGUCGCUGAACGGUGGGGUGGAGAUCACAAUGAGGAUAUAUACAUUAGAGUUUACUUUUCUCCACAAGUUCCAGAAGGCUUUUUUCAAAGACUCAUGGUGAAAUCAUGCUCCUUCUACACUACCCAUUGGGUGGAAAAAGAAAGAUUUCUUCUAGUGAACAAUGGAAAACCACUUUUGAUCAAGGAGAAUAACCAGAGGGCUGAUAGUUACCUUGAGAUCCGAAGUCGAAGACCCAGAAAACCCAAUGAUUUUAGGCCUCUCUGGGAUUUCAAACUAACAAUCCUUUCUAUUAUGGAGAAGCUUUGUAAGGAGUGGCCUGGACUUUUCUAUUACAUUCGGACACCUUGUAGGACGGCGGGAUGCCCUGAAGAGUUUGAAUGGCCGGAUAUUGAACGUUCUGGUUCAGUCUAUGAUAUGAUCAAAGAUGACUUCAAAACCUGUGAGACCUGCUGCAAUACAGUCAAUGUGGAGCUACUUCUGCCAAAAGCUUCAGGUCAGGCAAAUGACUCUUGUGUGCCACCAAGUAUCCA